GCAGUCGGUCUCUGGUCGGCCCCAAGAAUAGUCGUAUCGAGGCGGUAGUCGAGUAUCACCUCUCUUCUUCUUCUCCUCCUCCUACUACUACUACGGGCCGCCGUUCUACUACUACUGCUGCCGCCACCGCCACCACCGCCGUCGCCACCGCCGUCGCCGCUGCCGCCACCGCCGCCGCCGUCGUUGCCGCGUUGCUGCUGCUGCUGCUGCUAUUGCUGCUGUUGCUGAUGCUCGGCGCUGCGAGCGCGCGACGGAGGGACGAUACCAUCACGCACACCAUCGCGCAACACGCAUUCGAAGAAGUACACGCGCACGCGAGCGAGCAAGCUAGCAAACGUGUACAACGAGGCUCGCGCAAACGCAAGUGUCGCUUGCGGUCGUACGAUAUAUCGACUGUGUACGCGUACGCACGUACGUACGCACGCGGAAACAUACGCAGGCACGCUCGCGGCUACGGAUGAGAGAGCUCUGAAGAGAUAUACUUCAGAUCGCGCCAAAACGCGAAACGUCGAGCGGUCGAAGAGACGAUCGCUCCAAACUGCUUUGGAUUUAUCUUUGGAGUUUAUCUAUCCCUCUCUUCUCCUUUCCCCCUCUCUUUUACUGCCCGGUGGUCGUGUGUCGCUACUUGCUGAUGAUCGAAGGGUUGACGACCAUCGCCAAGAUAGUUCGGUCGGUGUCGGUGCGAGUGUCGGUGUCUUAAACGCGAAACCUUCCUCAUCGCGACGUCCACGUGGAAAAAGUGAAGUGCCUCUAAGUGCAUGACCGAGUGUGAAGAUUGUUACUGUUUGAAAUCGUUAUAUCAUUCGCGAUUAUUGUUCACGCGCAUUUACUGGCAGUUUUCACGGGAUGACACUGUGGUUAUUGUAGCGCGAGCAAUCUAUGAAUAAUAGUAAAGUUGAUUAAAGCCGUGAGAUCUUUACUCAAGUGCGAUAUAUCUUCAAAAGAAUCGAAGGAUAGAAUGAAAAUCGGUUCUCUGUAGAUCUUAGGCGAGCUAUUUGGUUGAAGAUUCGGAGAACUGAAGCAAAAUCGAAAGGAGAAUAUAAUACGUGUAAAAGAUGAAGCUUUGACUUUGAUAUUCUUGACAAGUAUCUAUAAAGUAUUGCAUUUGAAUGAUAAUUGGAGAACGCACGCGUCGGUCUUAGCCGUUCUCUGCAAGUAUGAUCGGUGUUGGACAUCACUUGUACAGUUUGUUUCGUAGUUAUGCGUUAUUUAUUCAAAAGUUCAGGACAGUGAAGAAGUGAGUGAAAAAACGUGAUUUCUAGCAGUGAUCACCGAUUUACCAUCCAGAGUGAUCAACGCGUAAAUCGCUCAGGACAUUGACUGUGCCAAGAUUUCACAUCUAUCAGGAUAUAAACUGAUUCGAUUCGAGAAAUUAUCCGGACGGACUGAGCUGACCGGAAACCUACAGUCGGCCCCGUCGUCGUUGUCAGUCGAAUCGCGUCUUACGGAUAGGAAACCGGCAGGGUGGUUCGAGGCGGGACGGUAGGCGCGGACGCCCUGGCGACUGCCGGGGUGGUUUACCCGGCCGCGACGGCGACGUUGUUCCCUGGUCGGGUGCCAGCCGGACAUCACCACCCCGAGUUCACCACCACGUUGGAGCUGGGGUUCCCGGCGCGCGGCACCACCGCCUCGAUGGCGUUGGUCGCGCCGCCGCCCUCUUGGGCCUCGCGGGACCCCGGGGCUGCCCUGGGCGCAGCCGGCGGUGGCGGCGGUGGCGGCGGCGGACCCCUUCAGGUAGGCCCGCCGCCGCCGAUGCCACCCGCGCAUCUGACACCUUCCGCUACGCCAGAGGACAUCACCUGUCUGGUACCCGCCGGCUCGGUCCUGACCUCCAGGGACCCCCUGCCGCCCAGCACUACCCCCGGCAGCCAAGCCAACAGCUCGCAGUCCGGCAGCUCGCAAACGGAUAAGUCGCCGAACAUCGAGUGCGUUGUCUGUGGGGACAAAAGCAGCGGCAAACAUUAUGGACAGUUUACUUGCGAAGGAUGCAAGAGUUUCUUCAAGAGGAGUGUCAGGCGAAACCUAACGUACUCGUGUCGAGGGACUAGAAAUUGCCCGAUCGACCAACACCAUAGAAACCAGUGCCAGUUUUGCCGCUUGAAAAAGUGCCUGAAGAUGGGCAUGCGCCGGGAAGGUAUGCACUCUGUGCAGAGGGGGCGAGUGCCGCCAUCGCAACCCUCGCUGCCAGGUCUACCGGGCCAGUUCGCCCUGACGAACGGGGACGCGGUCGCGUGUGCCAGCCUAAACGGACACUCUUACCUCUCGUCGUACAUAAGCCUGCUGUUGAGGGCGGAGCCCUAUCCGACCUCGAGAUACGGCCAGUGCAUGCAACCCAACAACAUCAUGGGCAUCGACAAUAUCUGCGAACUCGCGGCGCGGCUGCUCUUCUCGGCGGUCGAGUGGGCUCGGAACAUCCCGUUCUUCCCGGAUCUUCAGGUGACGGACCAGGUGGCCCUGCUCAGGCUAGUGUGGAGCGAGCUGUUCGUCCUGAACGCGAGCCAGUGCUCGAUGCCCCUCCACGUGGCGCCGCUUCUAGCGGCGGCGGGUCUUCACGCCUCACCGAUGGCGGCGGACCGCGUGGUCGCCUUCAUGGAUCACAUCAGGAUCUUCCAGGAGCAAGUGGAGAAACUCAAGGCGCUCCACGUCGACUCCGCGGAGUACAGCUGCCUCAAGGCCAUCGUCCUCUUCACCACCGACGCCUGCGGUCUCUCGGACGUAGCGCACAUCGAGUCUCUUCAGGAAAAGUCGCAGUGCGCCCUAGAAGAAUACUGUCGGACCCAGUAUCCGAAUCAGCCGACGAGGUUUGGCAAGCUGCUGCUGCGACUGCCGUCGUUGCGCACGGUCUCGUCGCAGGUGAUCGAGCAGCUCUUCUUCGUGCGGCUGGUAGGCAAGACGCCGAUCGAGACGCUCAUCAGGGACAUGCUGCUGAGCGGCAACAGCUUCAACUGGCCCUACAUAUCCACGAUGUGACACUCUGUCUGGCGGCAGCUAGCUUCCGCAUAAUAUUACACCUCGAACAGCGGUGUCGCGGCGCCUGACGAUAACCCGCGAGCCCGAUUCGCGUACGAAUAGAGAAGAAUCGAGCGUGGCGAGGGUGGGUGACGUCGCGAAUCCCAAAUAUGCUCGAUACGGGAGCGAAAAUGGUGAGAGGCGCGACUGUGGGCCUUGUUUGUCGCGAGGUCUCGAGAUCGAAGGUCGUUCUUGUCAACGUCGUCAUUAAUCCGAUUACCGUAUCCGCGUUGCUCUUAGCGGCGUGACGCGAUAAUAUUCCUCGUCAUUGAUACUUGUACUCGCUCUCUAAAUUCUUUGGAGUGGAAUCCCACUCUAAAGGUGUGAAAAUCCUGCCAGUCUUGAUAAAGAGUAGCAGGAUUUUCACACUUUUAGAGUGGAAUUCCACUCUUUUAGAUGAAAUUCCACUCCAAAAAUUUUAGAGAGCGUGUUUCGUUAGAUCCGUAUGGUACUCGCGACGAAUUAGAAUAUCAAUCAGAACUUGAGGACUUUUGUACCCUAACACGAGACACGACUCGACGUCAAAAAGAGAAAGAGCACGCGCAUUGACGGAAGCAAAUGAAAGAAGAUAAAGUAGUGAGAAAUCUAGAGAGAGAGAGAGAGAGAGAGAGAGAGAGAGAGAAAGAGAAUUAAAGUAAGGUCAUUAACAAAAUUCGACUGAAAGUGACAGGAUAAUGCGCGCGAAGCGAGAAAGGUGGGCGUAUGGAGAAGAGGUCAUCUUGUUCAUCGGACGAGAGAAAUUUUCGGUGAUGUACAGGGAAAGAAAGAGAAAGGGGCAAAGAGAAAGAAAGCAAAGAGAAAAAUACGUAAUAAAGACGUUGCACUCAUUCAAAAAAUCGUGGAGGCACCGAGCGGGGGCCCGACAUCAUCCAAGAACAUCCAUUGGGCGUUAAAACUUGGUACUCACUAGAGUGGUCAAGCGAAAGAGAGGGAGGGAUUUACGCAUGUCAGUUGUUCCACACAUAUGCAUGUUUGUGCAUGAAUGAGUGAGAGAAAGCGAAUAAACAAGUAUGAAAGAGAGAGAGAGAGAGGGGGGUGAGAGAGAGAUUGAAAGAGUUACAGGGGCUCGGGAAGGGGAUAGAUAGAUAGAUAAGCGUUUUGUUAUAUGGCAAAGAAUGAAAUAAAGAGAAGGUGGAAGAAAGAGAGAAGACGAGCCUGGCGUGAAGAAGUCAUAAAUUAGCAUUUAUAAUCAACGAUGAGGGGGAGAGAGAGAGCUGGUGGAUCUCCCAUCGCUAUCUCGAAUCAAUCUUCGCGUCGAGUACACGCUAUUAGUCGAGUCAUGCCAUGGGCCUUAGUCAUUCGUCUUGACGCCUCCUCUACGAGGCUGCGUUCUCCAAGUUCAUAGCCCGUGAAACAUUCUUUCGGAAAUAUCCCUUUCGGUCAAACGACGCUCGCGCCCACAUACACAUCGCAGAACUAAAUCUCACGACGUCGCGCUUUUGUCGAAGUCGUCUGUAAUCUUCGUGAAGAUUAUCGACGGUAAGUCAUGAUUUUAUUUUGGCUUUAUUUACGCGUAGCCAUGAUCGAGUGUCCUAAUUCUCUGAUUACGACGUAAGACCUUCAAAAAAAACCUCAGAAACGACUUUAGUCUGUGUCUCGUAAUAAAAUAUUUUCGUAAAUUAUUUGUAAAUUAUGUGUAAAUUGUCCUUCUUUCGAAUUAGUGUAAAAAUGCGCUUACGGAAUCGAAAUUCUUCUUCGCAAAAAGUACUUUUCCUAAAAUUAUUAAAUCUCUGCAUAAUCUUAAUUAAUACUUUAUAUAAUAAAUCGAAGCAUGAUAAUAUAUCUGAGAUCUAUUUAAUACUAAGAAAAAUUAUUAUUAAUAAAUUGGCGAGAAUUCUCUCUUUUUUUUUAAAUAAAAUGCUCUAAUUAAUAUACGUAAAAACAAUUGUAAACAAGUUCUAAUAAUUUUGUAUUACGCAUUUUCUUCUUCACUUCUCGUCCGUUUGCGAUUUUCUUAGUUGUACAUUACGAUACGAUCACUUUUGUUAUUGUUUUAUGUUAUUUACUACAUUUUCUCGAAGUCGCUCGAACGUCUCGUCAAAUCCGUUUUUGUUUUAAAAGUGAAUUAUCUGUAAAGAUUACGAUACACGAUGUUAUCGAAAAGUUCAUCUAUUUAAAAAUAAAUAUAUUGUACAAAUUUUUAUGUAUAGUACUUAGAUAGGAGCUAAGAGAGUCGGGCAUCAUCGGCACACCUGGUAAUUUAGCGCGAAUCGACUUGACUAAUAUAAAAAAAAAAUUGUUGUAAAAGUAGGAUGUAAAAGGCAAAGCACGUUGCAUUUUACGGCGUGAAAUCACGAAGGAAACUUGUGAGAUCGCACGAAAUAAAUCGGUCUCCUUCGCGGUUGCGCGGUGAUAUUUGUAACAGGGGCGUUUUUAUUGCGAAUAAGCGUUUAACGUGAUCGCGUUUACUUGUACUAGAAUUACGGCGGCGAUUUCGAUGUCUCAUCUAACGCGACGACGUUCGACAUCCUCGAGGAGAGAGCCCUGAGGAAGAAUGGCAGCGAGCGACGACAAAGCCCUACACGUGACGUUCAACUUGGAUGACAAUACCGCGCGAUAUCAUAUAUAUAUAUAUAGCCAAUAUUAUGUAUCUUGUAAAUACGAUAUUUUUACCUUGGGUUACUUAAGAGCGUACGUGACGAGAUCACUCGAGAGUGCGAUGCAACGUCUUCUUUGUAUGCCAGUGCCAUUGCGUGUCACAUCAUCGCGUCACGAUUAAUUCCGCGGCAAUCACAAGAUCAGUCGACUGAUCGAUCGAUAGAAUAUUCGGAGCACAGUUGACUCGAUAUGAUAAUUUCGAGACGAGAUGUUCGGAGGGAGCACGCUGCGGUAAGGUAAGUCGUUAUCUUGUUGCAUUAACGAGAGAACCUCGCGAAACCCGGAAAUUCGGAUUUUAAUUUGCGUAUGUACAUAGAAUAAAGAGAUGAACUUUGAAAUUUUUGUAGAAACAGUUAUAAGGGAUAAAGUUAUCCUUCAUAUACAAAGCAAUGUAUCUCCAGAGUUAUUUGAGAUAUAUGAAAAUUCGCAGGAUUGAUGCUACGCAUUGUGAUUACUUUCCGUACCAAUUAAAAAUUUAGAAAUUUAUUCUAUAUAUGCAAAGGUUUAUUAAAAUUAGAAUUUCCUAGUCCGCAGGAUUCCCUUGUGAGAUGUUUAAAUAAAGCGAAAUUGUAAAUUUCCAAUUGUAAACGGAAUUCGCCAAAUUUCUGUUGUUACUCCUUGCAAUAAAAUACACAUUUUAUGUUAAUGAAUACCAUUUCUAAUUAUCAUUGAUUAGAAAUUUCGAUGGAAUGAUCGCCGUGAUUUGUUUAAUUGUAUAAAAAAGCGAUUUUCGACUCGUUACAUCUUGAUACAUUAUUGAAUGCAAAUAUGUGUUAGCAAUAUAUACAGUGGAAUUACAAUGUUUAUGAAUAGUGACUGGAAUAAAAUCUUAAUAAUAUAAAUUAUUAAAAAUUAUAAAUACAAUGAUUUUAUUUGAUUCAUUAUUAUUAUUUAUUUUGUUAAAUUAAAUUAUAUAUUAUUAGUUAUUUUUACAAUUAAUAUAAUUUCUAACAGAGUUUUCUUUUACGUUUUUUGAUGCCGCUAGAUGAACCCAUUAUAGUUUUAUAAAUUUUAAAUAUUUUAAAGCAAAAUUAUUAUAAUAUGAUUAUAAUAUAAUAUGAUAAUAUAUCUUUUUUUUAAUUCUUUUCAUUCUUUUACGAAUUCGCAUAUUUAGCAAGACUAAUAACAAGUAAGAAACAAAAAAGCAAUUUCAGAUCUUUGACGUGAAAAGUAUCUCAAUUUGGGAUGUAACGGGUCAACAUUACGAUAAGAAUGCUACGAGGUAUGUCGAAAUAUAUUUUUGAUUGAAAGAUGAAAAAUAUUUGAUAUUGCUUGUCGCUGGGUCUUCGACAGAUAAAAAUAAUUACGAGUUAAACAUACGUGAAAUGAAAACAGCGAUGCAAGAUACGUGUGCGUGUUUAUUUCAAUGUGUAUGCACGUGUAUGUGUGCGUGCGCGCACGUGUAUGUGUGUGUGUGUGUGUAUUUUGUUUGCGGAAAAAUUAAGGGAGAAAAAAAAGAGAGCACAAGAGUGAACGAGAGAGCGAGGUCGCAAAAUAAUGUGAUAAUGUCAAAAUUGAAACCCGAUUUUUCGAAACGGUGCUUUUUCUAUCUUAUAAAUAUUGUACAAUAUAUUGUAUACACAACAACAGCACAACGGACUCCGCGCGUUGUAUAGGGUUGUUUAAUGAUAUUAAGAGAAGAUACUUGAAUACUAUGUUAUAGUAAAUGUGGCAAUGUCGAGCUAGUUACUUAGUGGAGCACUUUUUUUAGGGGUAUAUGGGAUAUUUCUAAUAUGUUUAAGCAGCGGUCGUUCCUUGAAGGAAAUUCUGCGAUUGGGUUAUCUCGAGCGGGAUCCAACUGAUGCUGGACUGUUCGCGGAUAUCGAGUCCCGCAUUAUCGAAAUUAGUGCAUAAUUUUAAAAUUUUCACAAAACGGAUAUAUAAUUUGUCACGGAUAUGCUUUCCCUUUUUGUUCUAAGUUUUACAUUAAACUUUUAUAGAUAUACGUAGUUAAAUAUAAUAUUCCUUUUUCCUUAAUUCAAGAACAAUUCGCAUUCGAUCUUGAUUUUUUAAAAUUAUAUUUAUAAAUUACAUGCCAUUCUAAAAGUAAGGGAUUAAAUACGAAAUAAGAAAGUAUCGACUCGGAUCCGGAAAACGUCAAUCACUACCAUAUAUCGAGUACUUAAUCGCUUAAACGAGUGAUAAUUUUUGUACACUCUACGUUUGCUUUUCUCAUUUUCGCUCAUUUAGCAGCUUCGGAAAGUGAUAGUGAUUGCCAAAAUGUGGAAAGAAUCACCGACAAUCAGAUAAAUCAGUUGGAUGGAAUAGUGUUAUAAAUGAUUUCUCUCAUUUCAGACAACGAAAGAAAAAUCUAAAGUACCUAAUAAUGUAAACUGUAAUUAUGUCUAAAGAAGUUUUACAUUUAAAAUAAAAUACACGACUUUAUGUUGCCCGCUCUAAAAUAAUUAUUAAAAUUGGAAAGAAAAUUGACGCACGUUCUACUUAAUCUAAAAUUUAUAAUACAUUUUAUAUUUAUUUUGUAUUUAUUUUAUAUGUUUAAACUUCUGUAUACGAAAAAGAGUGUAAUAUAGUUUGUGUCGUUUUUGGCAUUUAUUUAAAAAACUGGUACACGCGACGGACUUCAAUUUUUAAUGGUUUCACUAUCCUAUCCAAUAACUGAACAUAAAGAUCUAAUAUAUAUCCCUGUCGAUGCAUUCUCACGUUCCCGUGAUGUAGAUCCCGCUCGAGGUGCUCGCACGAUGAUACGGUUGCUCACGAAACUCAAAAAUGUAUUAUACCGAUAAAUAAACGCGUGUGUAGGUACGUCAGGGCGCGAGAGAGUGACGUUCUUAUACAUAGUUAUGUAUAAAGUCGUGAAAACUUUUGUAUAAAAGACGUGUAAAUAAUUAAUAUAUAUAAAUAUAAAUAAAGAAUAUAAAUAUAUAAAUGCAUAUAAAUAUAUAAAUAUGAAAAUAUAUGAACAUAUAUAUAAAUGAAUUGCAAAGAAAAAAAUAUAUAUAUAAAUAUAAAUAAAUAUAUAUAUAUAUAUAUAAAAUGGAUAUAUAUAUAUAUUGUAUCGUAGCGUCGUGUAGAACAUCGCUGCGACGAAUAAUAAAAGCAUUAUUGAUGAUGAUGUAACCAGUUUUGAGAUGCAUAACGGCGAUAUGUACGGAGUUGUAGAUGUGCAACUGGUCUUUUUUGCAGAUGUUAUAAUAAGAAAAUAUCACGUUACAAAGUAUAA